AUGCUCUCUCCCACGCUUCUUCUAAUGACAUUGCUUGUAUUUAAUCAAAACAUCUGGAGUCAAGCGGUGGCAUCUUCUAGUAUUGUUCGGAACUGCACUAUAAAUCAUGAUGGAACUCUAUUGAAAGAAGGCGAAAGCGUUGAAAUUCGUGGAAAACUAUAUAAAAUGGAAGACUGUGAUCUACAUCGGGCUUAUCAUGCAUGUGGUACUUAUCUCUUACAAAUGGUUAGUAUUGCCUGCGAAGUUGUCAGGCCGCAGAAGUCGAAGCGACCAAGCUCAAAACGUUUCCGUAGAUUUUCGCGUCGAAAGCUAUUAACUGAAGCGUGCUGUGAAACUUUAUGUACUGUUGCAGAAAUGACUCGAUAUUGUCCGUGA